AUAGAUGCUGGAUCAUUUGGAGAAUCUGGCAGUCUUGCGCACCACCCGCCAUCACGAGCUGAACUGGAGACGGAUAGGAAACCCCGCUGCCGGCCUUCACCCCGACCCCGUCUCCUCUUGUUCGUUUAGAGGUGUCGCUAAAGGAUUAAUGAGCCAAAAAGGCUCUCAUCUUGUCAUUCAGGUUCAUUUCGGCGUUUUUCGGCUUGUCGUCUGGACUGCCUUACAUCUUCCCUGUCAUAUUCACUUCAUUCGAGGAUACCUGUACCUCUACUGAUGGAACAGGGUCACUCCAACGUUCUCCUGCAGCCGCCCAACACCACCUAACAUUUCCUGGAAGAACGUGUCCAUUGCCUGCUCCCAACAAACAUGGACUGUUUUCCCAUGCUUUAUUUUCUGUCGAGACAUCAUGAUUCCUGGUAAUCGAAUGCUGAUGGUCAUUUUAUUAUGCCAAGUCCUGCUGGGAGAGAGCAACCAUGCUAGUCUGAUACCUGAAGAAGGGAAAAAGAAAGUCCCGGGCCUGCAGGGUCGUUCGGCCGCUCAGAGCCAUGAACUGUUGCGGGACUUUGAGGCCACACUGCUGCACAUGUUCGGCCUCAAGAAGCGGCCACGGCCCAGCCGCUCAGCCACUGUGCCUCGCUACCUGCUGGACCUCUAUCGGCUACAGUCGGGGGAGGCUGAGGAGGGCGGGGCACACGACAUCGCUUUUGAGUACCCAGAGAGGUCAGCCAGCCGGGCCAACACAGUGAGGGGAUUCCACCAUGAGGAGCACAUGGAGAGGGUGCAUGAUCUGUAUGAUGUUGAAACCAUGCCCCUUCGCUUCCUAUUCAACCUCAGCAAUAUCCCAGAGGACGAGCUUCUCUCCUCUGCCGAACUGAGGCUCUACCGUCAUAAGAUCGAUGAGGUCAUCGCUGACGCCUUAUCAGACCACCAGGGGCUUCACCGUAUAAACGUGUAUGAGGUGCUGAAGCCGCCGCGGCCGGGGCAGCUAAUCACGCAGCUCUUGGACACGCGGCUUGUGACUCACAACGCGUCGAGCUGGGAGAGCUUUGACGUGAGCCCUGCGGUGCUGCGUUGGACUCGCGAGGGCCUACCAAAUUACGGGCUGGCCGUGGAGGUUCUGCAUCUCAACCAGACGCCACGUCAUCAGGGCCGACACGUCCGCGUCAGCCGCUCACUCCACCAGGAACCUGGCGAGGACUGGGAGCAGCUACGCCCACUCCUGGUUACCUUUGGCCAUGACGGGAAGGGUCACCCCCUGACCCGCCGGACCAAGCGCAGCCCCAAGCAGCGGGGCCGCAAACGCAACCGCAACUGCCGGCGCCACGCACUAUAUGUGGACUUCAGCGAUGUAGGCUGGAAUGACUGGAUAGUGGCGCCCCCUGGUUACCAGGCCUAUUACUGCCAUGGGGAAUGCCCCUUUCCUCUGGCGGAUCAUCUGAACUCGACCAACCAUGCCAUUGUUCAGACACUGGUGAACUCUGUGAACAACAACAUUCCCAAGGCCUGCUGUGUGCCAACAGAGCUCAGCGCCAUCUCCAUGCUCUAUCUAGACGAACAUGACAAGGUGGUCCUAAAAAACUACCAGGAAAUGGUAGUGGAGGGCUGCGGCUGCCGCUAACACACAAACUAGCAGGAACUUGGACUGGCACCAUGAAAAAAGUAACAUGGAUGCUAAAACAAAUCAGAAGGUCUUUACUCCCAAAAAUUUUUCACUUGGACCCUUAUUUAUAACUUUUAUGUUGAGGUGUAUGUUUGUUUCACUUUUUUUUGUUUCUUUGACAAUAUGAUCAUAUAUUUUGACAAAAUAUAUAUAUUUAUAUCUACAUAUAAAAAAUAAAAUGAGUCCUUAUUUUAAACAUAAAAAGCUGUACAACUUUUCAUAAUGUACAUUAGAUUGAAUAAGGUUUUUUUUAUUGAGAAAAAGUAAAAACAAUCUAAAAAGUAAAGUUAAUUUACUGGUAAUAUUUAUUGCUUUCGUAUGAUAUACAUUUUGGAGAGAAAAAUAAAAACAUGAAUGGCUUCCAAUAACACGUUCUAGCAGAUCACAAGAUGCACCCUUUGUCUUUUUGCGUAAAUUAGAGCACUGCGUGAACACUCCUUUUUUUAAGGAAACAGUUGAUAUAAUCAGAAAUGUACAUUGACUUGAAUUAACCUCCGUACAUUAAUAUUGAGCUGAUAAUUUUAAUAAGCCCCUUAACACAAAAUCCAUUUUACCUUCUUAAAAUAAUAAAAUAUCUAUAAUAAUCACUCUAAUGGAAACAAAUAAAAGUUGACAGUAAUGAUCUAUUACUGUCUUAACCUGA